AUGAAUAAAGGUAAGAACGGUUAUGCAAUGCCAAAUGUAAUCGUACAUUUUCCACCCGAAGUUACACCUAGUGAACUUAUCCAGAAGACAUCCGGUAAUCACACAACCACAACUCUCCGCAUUAAUCCGAGAGUCUUGGAAGAAAGAGCCAGAAACACAUACGAAAAGAAUAUUAUCGCACUGCGAAAGAAGCUAAAGUCUUUUUACCCAAAUAUGCAUGGGACGAAAUUUGAAUUUAAGCGAAUCCUUAUUCUGAAAAUAGCAUCGAACACCAAGACAAAAAACAAUACCGUCCAACAAUUUUUGGAAAAUGAUUUCUACGAGGGUACAUCGAAAUCUGCAAGCCACAAUGGUUCGAUGAUAGAUGCAGCAACACACAGUCCUUUUCCGUUAGAGAAGAAUACGUUAAUGCCAUAUCCUUCUUUGUUUUCAUGUGAGUACAAUCUAAUAAAUGAAAGUUCAUCUGAUAUAACCUUCCUUAAUUUCCAUACUUCUUAG